AUGUCCACGCCGCCGCCGACGACCAUCCCCGACGAGCUCCUGGAGGAGAUCUUCCUCCGCCUGCCCACGUCGGACGCGGUCGCGCGCGCCUCCGCCGCCUGCACAUCCUUCCGCCGCGUCAUCAAAGCCCGCGCCUUCCGCCGCCGCUUCCGCGCGCUGCACCGGCCUCCCCUCCUCGGCUUCAUGGACGCGGCCGGAUUCCACCCCGCCCAGGCUCCGCACCCCUCCGCUCCGCUCGCCGGCGCCCUCGCCCCCCGCGCCGCUGAUUUCUCCUUCGUCCCGGCCGUCGUUUCUUCUGCCUCCUACUUCGUGCCGCGGGGCGUCCAAGAAGACGACGGGGAAGGCCCCCGCUGGCGCCCUUGCGAUGUCCGCGACGGCCGCGUCCUCCUCGAUUGGAGAUCCCUCCGCCCCGGCCUCGAGGUCUCUGGAGUAAGCACCCUCAUGGGCUCCAGGGAACUCGUUAGACGCAAACUCUGUGUCCGCCCCAAAUGGUGCAACGCCGCCGACUUCCACCUCGCCGUCUGUGACCCCCUAUCCAGCAGAUACGUGCUGCUUCCAACAAUACCUCAGGACCUCGCCGCCCAGCCGCAGGAUCUCCUUUGGGAAUUCCUGCCCGUGCUUGCUCCCUGCACCGGCGACGACAGCGACGAAGAGCCCUUCAAGGUGAUAUGCAUAGCAAGAUACCGAACGAAGCUCGUCCUCUUUGUAUUCCCGUCCACAACUAGGCAAUGGUCUAUGGUCGAGUCCCCCAUUUCCCCUUCUUUGUACGACAUGUCCUCUUUUGACUAUGUGCGGGGCUCAUUCUACUGGAUAGAGCCUUAUGAUUUGAGUGACCAUUUGAUGGUGCUGGACACCCGCACUUUGAAGUUUUCCACUGUCGGCCUUCUCACCGGUUACCAUAUGGAGAUCAGAGGUCUGCCUGGCCAGAGCUUUGAUGAUCUUCGCCCAAAUGCUGUUGUGAUGGGCCGAGAAGGAACCCUUGAGAUGUUUUCUCUUGUCUGUCAACAAGGGGCCUUUGCUCUCUACCAUACCUCUCUGCAGAAUAAUUCAUAG